AUGGGUUUUGGGAACAAUAUCAAGAAACUUCAUGGUCCCCGCACUGUUGGCGAGGAGCGAUAUGGCAGCUCAGCCCUGAACAUCAAGAUGGUGAAGACUCCGGGUUUUGGCACAAAGUUCCUCAUCCCCAUCACCAGCGGUGUGGAUCCGACCAAGAUGUUAGCAGUGUGGUGCAUCCUGUUCUUCAGUGUUUUGCUGCCCCCGUCACAGAGCCAGGUCCUCCAACCAACAGAUGCUGUGGUCAGAGUCAAAAAGGAUGUUUUGCACAAUGCUGUCGCCAGUUCGAUGGCCCAGAGCAAUGCCCUCCAAGGCGCCAUGAGAGAACUUCCCCUUGGCAACGGAGGUGGUGGUGAUGGUGGUCUUCUCGGAGGCCUCCUUGGCGGUGGUGGCGGUGGCAGUGGAGGCGUCCUGGGAGGUGUUACUGGUGGCUUACUUGGGGGAGGCGGUGGAGGACUUCUCGGCGGGUUGACAGGAGGCUUGCUCAGCGGUGGAGGGCUUCUUGGGGGAGCCACAGGAGGUCUGCUGGGUGGAGGAGGAGACCGAAGAGGUGGUGCUGGUGGCGCUUACGGUGUGGGGAAGGCUGGCUCUUCCCCUCCAGGUGCUGGUGGCGGUGGCGGCCGUGGUGGCGGCCCCGGUGCUGGAGGUUUGUUGGGUCCAGGAGGUCUGCUGGGUGAUGGAGGUUUGCUUGGCGUUGCAGGAAUUCUUGGUGGCGGUGGCGGUCUCCUUGGCAAUGGAGGCUUGCUGGGCAAUGGAGGUCUACUUGGAGGAGGAGGCAUCCUUGGCAUCCUUGGGGAAGGAGGACUACUCAGCACGGUCCAGGGCCUCACAGGGUUGCGAAUUGUGGAGCUGACUCUUCCCAAGAUAAACCUGAAGCUCUUACCUGGCAUUGGGAUUCACCUGGAUUUAUACACCAGGGUAGCACUCAAUGGGAAGAGCCUCCUCGGAUUGCUGGACAUCGCAGUGGAGGUGAACAUCACGGCCAUUGUCCGGCUAACGAUGGACGGUGUCAGCUACCCCAAGCUCGUGAUUGAUCACUGCGACACUCUCCUUGGAGGCAUUAAAAUUAGACUCCUGAGAGGCUUACUCCCCAUUGUGGAUAAUUUAUUAGCACGUGUUCUCAACAGACUUCUUCCUGAUCUGCUUUGUCCUGUCCUAGACGUUGUCCUGGGUCUUGUCAAUGACGAACUCGGCCUUGUGAACUCUCUGGUUCCUCUGGGUCUACUGGGAAGCAUCCAGUACACGGUCUCCAGCCUUCCAUUGGUCACAGGCCAGUUUCUAGAGAUUGACCUGAAUGCGAUCGUUGGGCAAGUGGCCGGUCCCCUCCUUGACUAUCCGCUAGGCAAGCCGGAGGUUGUCCCCCUCCCAGCAAGAGUGCCCGUCCCUCCCUUGCCCCCGAUGGCAGAAAAGAGCAACUCCCAGAUGGGACUCUCUGUGAACUUCCUCCGGUCAGUCGUUGCUGUCCUGCAGAAAGAUGGUGCUCUGGACAUUGUCAUCUCAUAUGGGAUGUUCCCUGAGCUUCCUCCACUGACCACGUCCACGCUGGGAGCUCUCAUUCCCGAGAUAUUCCAGCUGUUCCCAGAGCCCCGGCCUCUACUGCUGAAGGUGUCGGUCCCAGAGGUGCCAACAGUGAAGCUGAAGAAGGACAAGGGCCUGAUUGAACUCACGGCGAUCGCGGAAGUGCUGGCCUCCAAGCCUGACGAUCGCCACCAGCUUCUCUUCACCAUAAACAUUGAGAGCUCUUUGUUGGCCAAGUUUUCUGUUGACGACAACAAGCUGAAAAUCAGUGUCAGCCUUGAGAAGUCCGACAUCACGCUGGCUUCUUCGACCUUUGGGAAGUUUGAUGUCUCCCUAAUGGAGCCACUGGUCGGCAAGAUUUUUGAUGUCGCUUUCCUACCAGCCAUGAACAGUGUGUUGGGUGGAGGGGUCCCUCUGCCAAAGCUGCUGGGCAUUGAUUUCGACAAUGCUGACAUUGAUGUCAUUGAAGACUUGCUUGUGUUGUCUGCUUGA